UCUCUGCUUUCUUCUCUCCGCAGCCCUCUCUGUGCUUACAGCCCCCAUGGCCCCCAAAAAGCCAGAGCCCAAGAAGGAAGAGGCCAAGGCAGCCCCCAAGGCAGCUCCAGCUCCCGCUGCCCCUGAGCCUGAGCCCCCCAAGGAGAGCGAGUUUGAUGCCUCCAAGAUCAAGAUCGAGUUCACGCCGGAGCAGAUAGAAGAGUUCAAGGAGGCCUUCAUGCUGUUCGACCGCACGCCCAAGUGUGAGAUGAAGAUCACGUACGGACAGUGCGGGGAUGUUCUGCGGGCGCUGGGCCAGAACCCCACGCAGGCCGAGGUGCUCCGUGUCCUGGGGAAGCCAAAGCAGGAAGACCUUAACACUAAGAUGAUGGACUUUGAGACGUUCCUGCCCAUGCUCCAGCACAUCGCCAAGAACAAGGACACUGGCACCUACGAGGACUUCGUGGAGGGGCUGCGGGUCUUCGACAAGGAGGGCAACGGCACGGUCAUGGGCGCCGAGCUCCGCCACGUGCUGGCCACGCUGGGUGAGAGGCUGACAGAAGAUGAGGUGGAGAAGCUGAUGGCUGGGCAGGAGGACUCCAAUGGCUGCAUCAACUAUGAAGCAUUCGUGAAGCACAUCAUGGCCAGCUGAACCUGUCACCCCAGGGAGCCCGGGGAGGCCACGCUGGGGACAGCGCUGGUGUGGAUAUCAGUGGUCUGCAGCUGCAGGAAGGCUCCUGACCAGCUCUCUGCGUGGCUGUUGCCUCCGGUCCCUACCAGGCUGCAUGUUCCUGUGACUGCAUCUCUGUCCCCACCCCGUGGGCCCCACGAAUAAAUGCCUCUUUCCUUCCUUCCUC